CAAUACACUUGCUUCACAAAAGUUUGUAUUGUAUUUUACUUGUAUCAGAUAUAAACUUCUGUUUCUUUCUAUUACCUCACAACAGCUAUUUCUAUUUUUAAAAAUUGUUCCUUUGUGUACAUUUCCAAACCAAAAAAAUAAAUCCAAACACACCCUUAAUUUAUUUAUUUUUCCCACCUUUAACCCUACGCCAUAGUCUCCCUCUUUCUCGCGGCGUUUCUGGCUCCCUUUUCUCUCUCCAAACAAAAAUGGCGUCUAUACUUCGGUGCCCAUGUCCAGCUACUAAAUCGACCCCUUUCUCUCAAACCCCAUCAAAACCCGUCCUCAAUCUAUGUUCCCUCAAAUUCUCACCUCGAAACCCCAUUAAAUGUAACUUGGCAGAGCAAUUGAAGGCUGCGGAAAAUGGGAAACCCCCAUCUUCUUCCUAUUCUCGUUCAUCUGGAAUGGACCAGCAAUCAUUCCCCUCAUUUAUGGCUUCUACGCAUUUCGAUAGUUCUAUUAAUCGGAAUGAUACCCGUCUUCGGAUUUUCUCCGGUACCGCCAAUCCUGCUCUUGCUCAGGAAAUUGCUUGUUAUAUGGGUCUCCAGCUUGGAAAAAUAAAGAUCAAACGUUUUGCUGACGGUGAGAUUUAUGUUCAACUCCAAGAGAGCGUUAGAGGUUGUGAUGUUUUUCUUGUUCAACCUACAUGUCCACCUGCCAAUGAGAACCUUAUGGAACUUCUGAUAAUGAUUGAUGCGUGCCGAAGAGCUUCAGCAAAAAAUAUAACCGCGGUUAUACCAUAUUUUGGAUAUGCUAGAGCUGAUCGAAAGACACAAGGACGUGAAUCGAUAGCAGCCAAACUUGUUGCUAACCUGAUAACAGAAGCUGGUGCUAAUCGAGUACUUGCUUGUGAUCUUCAUUCUGGGCAGUCAAUGGGAUAUUUUGAUAUACCGGUGGAUCAUGUAUAUGGUCAGCCUGUGAUUCUAGAUUACCUAGCAAGCAAGACAAUAUGUUCAGAUGAUUUAGUUGUCGUUUCACCGGAUGUUGGUGGAGUCGCCAGAGCUCGUGCUUUUGCGAAGAAGUUAUCUGAUGCACCACUUGCCAUUGUUGAUAAGAGGCGCCAUGGGCACAAUGUUGCAGAGGUAAUGAAUUUGAUUGGUGAUGUUAAGGGAAAAGUAGCAGUUAUGGUGGAUGAUAUGAUAGAUACAGCUGGUACAAUUUCUAAAGGGGCAGCCCUCUUGCACCAGGAAGGAGCAAGGGAAGUCUAUGCAUGUAGCACACAUGCUGUCUUCAGUCCUCCUGCUAUUGAAAGGUUAUCCAGUGGUUUGUUUCAAGAAGUAAUCAUCACAAAUACAAUUCCUGUCUUGGAGAAAAACUACUUCCCCCAGCUUACUGUACUGUCAGUUGCAAAUCUUUUGGGCGAGACCAUUUGGCGUGUUCAUGAUGACUGUUCUGUUGGAUUUGAACCUUACUCAAGCUUGGGGAUUGAUUAAUGUGUUGGCUGUAAAAUAGUUCUCACCAUCUUGCAACAUGGAACUGUAAUGUCGUAUGCCAAUUGGAUUUUUCAAGCAUCCAAGGGCUCCUUGCUUUCUCUCGAGCUGUCGCGGAUUAGUAAAGACUGUGAUACAAUCGUGAGUACUCAUACUCCAAAUCAUAUUAGAAUUAGUAAGAUAGUCAUCAGGGGACUUGUAAUCUCCCCCCAUCCGCAAAACUUGUUGUACCAAUUUUUUUGUAGGAGCUUACCUGAUAUGAUUAUUACUUGUUUCCUGCUACCAGACAAUCCUUGGAUUUUUCUGUUUGUAUAUACAGAGUGUAUCUUUAGAUUUUGUAGGACUAAACUUCUCUUAUUUUUUCCCCUGCUACCAGACGAUUCUUGGAUAUUUGUAUUUUUGUUUGUUUGUAUGUACAGAGUGUAUCUUUGGAUUUUGUAGGACUAAACUUCUGUUUACUAUGACAAGUUGCAUAUUAGUGCUUUAAUACAA